AUGAGCUCGGGGAGCGAGCUCUGGAUUGGGUGCGCCCGAUGGUUACGUGAUCUGAACGUGCUCACAACGGAUAAAAAUGGAACCAUUGUUGAAUUCGCUUCAAUUUUGAGAGAUGGUAUUCUUCUCUGCCGCCUUGCAAAUACGUUGGUACCAAAUGCCAUCAACCAAAAUGAUAUUAUCAAGGCACAACAGCAAACUCAGUUUACAUGUACUCGUAACAUCCGAUUGUUUGUCAACUUUUGCAAAUCACACUUCAAAAUGCAAGACUCGGAUCUGUUCAACCCGGAAAAGUUGUAUCACAUGGACGGAUUUCAGCAAAUUCUCAAAACGCUGUCAAUCUUAUCACAUACUGAUGAGUCGAUCCGACGUGGAGUAAACCCAUUCCCCGAGACAACUACAAGUCAGGAGAGUUCAUCAUGUUCCCCUUGCUUGGAUUUCAACGACGAUGAGGAUAUUUAUCAAUCGCUUCCAAAAGACAUUGAUUCCGUCAAUCCGGAUGAGACAAUCUACGGCCCUAUCACAAGCGCGGAAGAAAAGCAGAAUGAGCAGGUCUAUGACCGAAUCGUGACAAAUCGGAAACCCAGUAUGAAUGAAAACGAUCUCAAAACGUCCAGCAGCAACAUUAAAGACCUCCGCGUCAAAGAGUUGUAUGAUACGGAAGUUAACUACGUGAGAUCAGCGCUUGGACAGCUCAUCGAUAUUUUCUACAAGCCUCUGAAGGAGAUUAUCUCUACUGAACAGUUCAAAACCGUCUUUGCAAACAUUGAACCUAUUCAUAAAUUUCAUGUGUCUUUGCUCGCGGAUUUGGAAUAUCCAGUAAACUUUACUUGGGGUAUUUCUGAAGAGAAAGUUCCAAGACCGACGACAUUGAAUGGAAUUGAAGCUCCGAGGACUAUUGGGGAAGUGUUUGUAAAGUAUCGCGAUCAAUUUCUCAUUUACGGAAAAUACUGCAGUAACCUGCUGGACAGUCGAGAGAUGAUAAAUAGCUUGCUGAACACAAACGAAAAAUUUGCGAAGUUAGUUAAUGAAUCGGCACAACAAGCAGGAUGUAAAUUCAGCCUCAAUGAUCUCCUCUGUGUCCCAUUCCAACGAAUCACAAAGUAUCCAUUGCUUCUGAAGGAAUUGCUGAAAAAAUGUGAUAUGAGCAGUCCAGAUAGAAAAUCGUUAGCUGAAGCGGUUGAAGUGAUGGAAGACGUUUGUAACUAUAUUAAUGAAGAAUCCCGUGAUACGACUUCUAAGAAGAUGAUUGAUGAGAUUGAGAAGAGCAUUGUUGAUUUGGCGAUGCCAGAAAAUGUGAAACUUCAUGAUUAUGGACGUGUUAAUUUUGACGGUGAAGUUAAAAUGUCUGAAUCAACAGCAACCACAUAUGGGAAGGCGAAACAACGAUACGUUUUCCUUUUCGAUAAAGUGAUUGUGGUUUGCAAAACAAUGACCAAGAUGCCGGUGAAAGAAAAAAGUCCCUCAGGAUCAAACCUCAAAUCAAAUACUUUUACUUACAAAAACGCCUAUAUAAUGUCGGAGCUCAAUAUCGAUCAAAACGUUUCUAUCGACACAAAAUCUGGAGGAACAAUCACGCGAAGAACUCAAUAUGUUAUUCAUAUGCAUCGAGAUAGGAAUGAAGGGAGUGAAAUCACUCAGAUUUCGUUCUAUUUCAAGAACGAAGCAACUCGAUCAGCUUGGAUGACUGCUCUUCUCCUAUCCAAAUCAAAUGUGUCGCCUACUGAAUAUCUCCGCGAUACCAAUCACAAGGUUUCAUUUCACAGUCUUAGAGUGGACUUGGAGAAACCAUAUACGUGUGGUGUUUGUGAGAAAUUGAUGAAAGGGUUGCGGUACCAAGGAUAUAAGUGUGAAUCGUGUGAAAUGAUAAUGCACAAGGAUUGUCUCGGUCUCAAGAAAUGUGAGGCUAUUCGUCGAUCUACACACGAACACAGAAGUUCUCACAGUUUUAACAUCAGUAGACCACGUUUAACGGUCCGUGAAGGCGACGUCGUUACUGCCAGCUCAACAGUCAUUCCACAAGAUCUGUCGUACCUUCAGUUCACAAAGGGAGACACAAUUGAAGUGAUCAAAAUGCAGUCUCAUAAUCGGUUCACUGGUUGCGUCUCGAAUAAUCGCAACAGAACGGGACUUGUACAUCUCGACCACAUUUCUAAACCACGGACCACAUCGAUGAUCGGACUCAGCCCAAUGGAAUCGCCAGCUGGAUCGAUUGUUCGCAUCGGCCGACACGAAUCGACUGUUUUACCGAAUAAACCGUUAUCUGAUCCUAGUGCCAGAAGCUCUGAUCCCCAGUUGUCAAGAACAUCGCGCACUUCUUCUACAUCUACGGUUAAUGGGAACAAUGAAAAUGGGCGGCCUCAAGAAUACGUUAACACUGAGAUAGCGGGUUUCAGAUGGUAUAUGGGUGAGAUGGAACGAACUAAAGCGGAGAGCACGUUACGUGGAACACCGAAUGGUACAUUUUUGGUCAGAUAUAGCAAGAACCGUAAACAGACUGCAAUCAGUUUGAGCUAUAAAAAUGAUGUGAAGCACAUGAUUAUUGAGAAGAAUCAAGAUGGGAAAAUGUAUUUGGACGAAGAUUACAUUUUCAAUUCUACUGUGGAGCUCGUGCAAUACUAUCGUGACCACAACUUGAUUGAGAUUUUCCAAGCACUUGACACAUGUCUAAAAGUUCCAUAUUCAGCAUGCAAGGUCUACAAAGCUGUGCACGACUACGAUCCCCCUUCUCCCAACAGCGACGGCAAAUUUCUUUCGUUCAAAACUGGUGACACCGUUGUAUUACUAGACACUGUAGGAGAGGAUCGAGGAUGGUGGAAAGGUCAAGUUAACAACAAGACCGGAUUCUUUCCGCUGAGCUACGUCAAAGCCCUCGAAUCAAUCUCUGAUGAUAAUGGACCAUCCACACCAACGUCUUCCAGCUCUUAA